UUAUAUAAUAGGGAAUGUGCUACUACUGCUGCUGCCGCCAGCAGUUUGUGGUCAUACUGGUCUGCCUGCUGUACAUAUUGCUCGUGCUGAUCUUCUUCAUCAAUGUCUUUCUGGCUGAUCGCAAUAUGCACACAAAUCUAAUGCGGGCAAGCGGCAAUCCAAUGAUGGGUGGCGGCGGCGGCAGUGGCCUUGGAGGCGCGGGCAUUCAUCCGGGCAUGCAUCCGGGACACCAUAAUCCAUACGAUAUGCAUGGCUAUCAUCACUACAACAAUUAUCAUCCACAAGUGGACCCAAAGCAGCAUCAGCAGCAGCCAACACGAAAGACCCCGCAACAGCAGCAGGCGGAACAGGAUAUUUACUACUAUUUCAACCACGUAUUCAGACGGCGCUGAGAUAUACCCACACGCCCACACACACAUAUAUAUAUAUAUAUAUAUAAAUACAUAAUUACAUAAAUAUA